AUGGCACCCAUUGUUUACCCUUGCAAAGGGUUUCCCUUGGACACGGGCAAUGCUGAGCUGGAUGUUCCAGAUCCGGAGCUGACUGGCUGCACUCCUCUAUGUCUGGUGGUGAUCCUUGUCAGCUUCCUUGUCAUGCUUCUGCUCGUGUGCAUAACGGGUGGAUGGCUUCGCCUGGCUUGGUUGAGGUCUCACUUGAAGGCCUCUACUGUGGCGCACGACUACGAAGUCCUGCACACUGCCAGCGCCUCCUUCCUGAAGUAUGGCCCGUGGUGCCGGAAGGCCCACCGUUUGAUCGCAGAGCGAAAGGAGAAAAUCAACCAGGAAUCCCAGGGCCUGGGGAUCUCCCUGCACUUUGUCUUGGAGGAACUAGGAAGUUUGUAUGCCCAAAAGGCGCAAGAGGUGGAGUGGCGCUUGAAUAACUUCGGCCCCGUGACCAGAGUUGCGAUGAGCGUGUUGUUGCGACACCGCCAAGCCAGUCUAAUGGAAGACUUUGAUGCAAUUUGGGAUGGCAUGCCGGCUACCGCCCCACCUGAAGAUCCGAAUUUUCACCAGUUGGCUGGCUUGCUUGCCUACGGUCCGCAUGCAUUGGGAAAGGGCCACAUGUGUCCACGUGAUGGAAGAAUGGAUUGUAGCAUUGUAGAUGUAUUGUGGAAAGAAGGAAAGAGUGCCCCUGCCACCUGGUUCCUGUCCUACGUUUGGGGGUACGCUCUCAGCAGUGUUUUCAAAGCGCUGUCCAGAUGGUUCACCAGGCACCGGAUAGUGACGGAGGUUUCAUCUAAAGAGGUCUUUAUAUGGUGGUGUGUUUUCGUCAACAAUCAGUUCAGGAUCCUGCAGGAUGGUGAAAUGCAUGAAAGUCAGGACCUUUUCAACGUUUUCACGAGACUGUUGCAAAGAGUGGGCAAGGUGCUUAUGUGCAUGGACAGCUUUCGUGGCACGUACACCACCCGCAUUUGGUGUGUUUUUGAAGUCUUUUGUGCACUUCGUGCGGACGUUCCAAUCACCUUGAUCGUGCCUGAAGUUGAUGCCGAUUUUUGUGGCACUGUCACCACUGUCAAAGACCUUUGCCAGAUUUCUAUGGUUGAUUGUGCAAGUGCCUCUGCUUCCAACCCAGCAGACGCGGACGCCAUCAAGGAUCACAUAAAGAGGUGCCAUGCCUCAUUCGAGCAUGUCAACCAGGCAGUAGAACGUUGCGUUCAAGCUGAGCUUCUUUCAUACCUUUCACAAGUCAAUACAAUUGCUGUAUCAUCCCCAUAUGAUGAGCUCGAAGCACGGAGAUACAUUUCUGAGGAUCUUGGGGUGUCUUUGAGUUUUGUGGCAGGUGAGCUACAAAGUCUGUAUCACCGAAAAGCACAAGAAACAGAAUGGCGGUCCCAUGGCAAUUGCAAAGUCACCCAGUCUGGCUUCAAUGUGAAAAUCCGGGACUGUGCUGAUGUGGAGUCUGGUGCCUGUCUUUGGGAUGACUUGGAGGUUUGCAAGCCACCUGAAAAUCCAAAUUUUCACCAAUUGGCUGGCUUACUGGCUUAUGGUCCACAUGCAUUGGGAAAGGGUCACAUUUGUCCACGUGAUGGAAAAGUGGAUUGCAGCCUUGUAGAUGUAUUGUGGAAAGAAGGAAAGAGUGACCGUGCCAACUGGUUUCUCUCGUGGGCGUGGACCUAUUUCCUAAAUGAUGUUUGUCACGCUCUGGCCAGGUGGUGGGACAGAGAAUCAAGGCGGACCCAUUUUGGGAGGUGUGCUCCCAUGACCUCAGUGUAUGUUUGGUGGUGUUUUUUUGUGAACAACCAGUUUAGGAUGCUGCAAGAUGGUGAAACAGUGGACACUGACUCCCUCUUGGAAGUUUUUGCCAAGCCGUUAGCAAGAGCAAACAAAGUGCUGAUGUGCGUGGACAAGUUCCAAAACAGCACUUACAAUGACAGAAUUGAUGCGGCUGUUCAGGCCGUUGCGCAGCCCUGUGCCGAUUCUUUGAGUGCUUGGGCUCGUCGAGUCGAUGAUGCUAUGGCUUGGAGUAGUUUUGCUAUUGCAAGACAGAAACAAGCUCUGCUUGAUUUGCGUAGGCAUGUCGAGUCAUCAGCUCUCAGCUGA